CACAAACGUAACACUAAACGUCGCAACCUGGACAUAAACUGGACAGUUGUCCACUUCAGCAAUGAUGGCUUUUCAAGGAUACAGCGUUGUCAAAAUCCUUGACUCCGAGGAUUUAAUAACUAUUGUCAGUAACACUUGGCUUAGAGAAGAAGGUUCGUACGCUCAAAUGCCUUCAGUGCGGGGUACGCACUACUAUGCAGCUGUGAAAAAUCACACUGCGCCGGAUGUCGAUGUGGUCAGCACUGCCGUGUCCAUAAUCGUUAGCACUAUUAGCUUCCAGCAUGCCCGAGAAAUGGAACGGCAAUCUGAGCGCGGGAUGCUGCCAUCGACAGACGAUACAAUUCCCAUGGGCCUUCCAGCUAAGCGUGCAAUGUGAGUAUUGUGUUUUUUAUUUCCCCUUAGACGCCGGCCCGUCCGUUCUAGCUCCGAUGACGAGGAUGCCGCGCGUCCAAGCAAAC